UAAAGAUGGUGUUUAACAGAAGAAAAGUAAAAAAUGAGAGAGUGAAGUUUGCUGGAAGCGGAGGGGGCUCUCAAAGCGAACAAAGGCGGGAACUUGCAACCACCUCCGAAAAUGGCAACCAUGGCGGCGGAAGAAAACCCACAGCAGAAACAGGAACUUGCAAUGGGUGAGGAAGAAGACGACGACGAGCAUGGUGCCAAGGAGGCAGUACUCCAAAAGUACUUCCUUCAAGAAUGGAAGCUCGUCAAGUCCAUCUUAGACGACAUUGUUUCCAAUGGGCGGGUCUCCGAUCCCUCCGCUCCCCACAAGAUCCGAUCCAUUAUGGACAAGUAUCAAGAACAGGGCCAGCUAGUUGAACCGUACCUGGAGAGCAUUGUUACCCCACUUAUGUUUAUUGUCCGCUCUAAAACAAGCGAAUUAGGUGUAGCUUCGGAUGAAAUUCUUGAAGUAAUUAAACCUAUAUGCAUCAUUCUUUAUUCUCUGGUCACAGUUUGUGGAUACAAGGCGGUUGUCAGGUUCUUUCCGCAUCAAGUCUCGGACUUGGAACUUGCUGUGUCUCUCUUGGAGAAGUGCCAUCACACAAAGUCAGUGUCAUCACUGCGUCAGGAAAGUACAGGAGAGAUGGAAGCUAAAUGUGUGAUUUGUUGCUUGUGGCUGUCUAUACUCGUGUUGGUUCCGUUUGAUAUCUCCACUGUUGAUACUAGCAUUGCAAACAACAGUAAUCUUGGAAAACUUGAGCCAGCUCCUCUGGUAUUGAGGAUAGUAGGGUUCUCCAAAGAUUACCUUUCAAAUUCAGGCCCUAUGCGUCCUAUUGCUGCUUUGCUGCUCUCGAAGCUUCUAACACGCCCAGACAUGCCAAAGGCUUUUUCCAGCUUUGUUGAAUGGACACACGAAGUACUAUCUUCUCUUACAGAUGAUGCCAUCAAUCAUAUCCGGUUACUUGGAGCUACAGAAGCACUGGCUGCUAUUUUCAAGGUUGGUGGGCGGAAACUCUUGCUUGAUGUGGUUCCUAUUGUUUGGGUUGACACCUUAUUGUUGAUCAAGUCUAGCAAUGCAGCUAGGAGCCCAUUGCUGCGCAAGUAUCUGAUGAAAUUAACCCAGAGAAUUGGGCUUACUUGCCUUCCUCAUCGUACACCUUCAUGGCGCUAUGUGGGGAAAACAAGCUCUUUGGGAGAGAACAUAACUUUGUCUGCAUCUGAAAAAACUGGUCGAUGCAAUUAUGCUUUAAAUUCUGAGGAUUCCAACUCAGAACCAAGUUCAAGCUGCCAGCAAGAUGAAGAAAUGGAUGUUCCAGAAGUUGUAGAAGAGAUUAUUGAGAUGCUACUUACUGGUUUGAGAGAUACGGACACUGUUGUGCGUUGGUCUGCUGCAAAAGGUAUUGGCCGCAUUACUUCAUGUCUUACAUCUGCCCUUUCAGAGGAGGUCCUGUCAUCUGUGUUGGAGCUGUUUUCUCCAGGCGAGGGUGAUGGGUCAUGGCAUGGUGGUUGCUUAGCACUGGCUGAAUUGGCGCGUAGAGGGUUGCUCUUACCUAUCAGCCUUCCGAAAGUUGUACCUGUUGUUGUGAAGGCACUGCAUUAUGAUAUUCGAAGAGGUCCACAUAGUAUUGGAUCUCAUGUACGGGAUGCUGCAGCUUAUGUUUGUUGGGCUUUUGGCCGUGCAUAUUAUCACACGGAUAUGAGAAAUAUACUGGACCAGCUUGCACCACACCUUCUGACAGUGGCCUGCUACGACCGUGAGGUUAAUUGUAGAAGAGCAGCUGCUGCAGCUUUUCAAGAGAAUGUUGGAAGGCAGGGUAGUUACCCUCAUGGAAUUGACAUAGUGAACACUGCAGACUAUUUCUCACUUUCUUCACGAGUAAACUCUUAUGUUCAUGUUGCUGUCUCUAUUGCUCAAUAUGAGGGUUAUCUUUAUCCAUUUGUGGAUGAGCUGCUGUAUAACAAAAUUUGUCACUGGGAUAAAGGUUUGAGAGAACUUGCGGCUGAGGCUCUUUCUUCCCUGGUUAAAUAUGAUCAUGACUAUCUUGCAAACUAUGCUGUGGAGAAAAUAAUUCCUUGUCUCUCAUCUGAUUUGUGCAUGCGCCAUGGAGCAACACUGGCAGCUGGGGAACUUGUUUUGGCACUACACAAGUGUGGUUAUGCUCUUUCUGCAGAUAAGCAAAAACGUGUUGCUGGUGUUGUGCCUGCUAUUGAGAAAGCACGCCUUUAUCGUGGAAAAGGCGGGGAAAUAAUGCGUGCAGCUGUUUCCCGCUUCAUUGAAUGUAUAUCUAUAUCAUCUGUGUCACUGCCUGAAAAGAUAAAACGUAGUCUGCUUGAUACUCUUAAUGAGAAUUUGAGACACCCUAAUUCGCAAAUUCAGGAUGCUGCAACUAAAGCUCUGAAGCAUUUUGUGCAAGCAUAUCUGGUUGCUGGGUCUGUUGGAGGUACUGGUGAUAUAACAUCAAAGUACCUGGACCUCUUGAGUGACCCAAAUGUGGCUAUAAGAAGAGGGUCAGCACUAGCGCUAGGUGUUUUGCCAUGUGAACUUUUCGCCCAUAGGUGGAAGGAUGUGCUUCUGAAGCUUUGUAACUCUUGUUUAAUUGAGGAUAAUCCCGAUGAUAGAGAUGCUGAAGCACGAGUCAAUGCUGUCAAAGGACUUGUGUCAGUGUGUGAAGCAUUAACUCGGGAAAAAGAACAAUCUGGAAUUGAUGCCGUGGAGGGUGACAUGUCUUUGUUUAUUCUCAUCAAGGACGAAAUAAUGAUGACUUUACUUAAGGCUCUUGAUGACUAUUCUGUUGAUAACAGAGGUGAUGUGGGUUCUUGGGUGCGUGAGGCUGCUAUGAAUGGCCUUGAGAGAUGUACAUAUAUCCUCUGUAAGAGAGAUUCUGUUGGUCUUACUGGAAGAUCAGGUCGAGUCGAUUCUGCACUGGAGUUGCAGAAUAGUGAUGACAUUAACCAGCUGCAAUCAUUGUAUGAUGCCAAUCUUGCUACAAGUAUAGUUGCUGGAAUUAGUAAGCAAGCUGUAGAGAAAAUGGACAAACUGAGAGAAGCAGCUGCAAAGGUUCUACAGAGGAUUUUGUACAACGAGAUAGCCUAUGUCCCGCAUAUACCGCACAGAAAAAAGUUGGAAAAAAUUGUUCCUAACGGAGCUGAUUUAAAGUGGGGGGUGCCAACUUUUUCAUAUCCUCGUUUUGUACAACUGCUUCAAUUUGGCUGUUAUAGCAGAUCAGUGCUAUCUGGGUUAGUCAUCUCUAUUGGUGGGUUGCAAGAUUUUUUGAGGAAGGCAUCACUCACAGCAUUGUUAGAGUAUCUUCAAGUUGUAGAAAGUGAAGACCAGAACGAAAGGUCCAGAGAGUAUAUGUUAUCUACUGACAUGCUUUGGGUUCUCCAACAGUACAGGAGAUGUGACAGAGUCAUUGUACCUGCAUUGAAGACGAUUGAGAUUCUUUUCAGCAAACAGAUAUUGUUGAGUAUGGAGGCUCAUACACUUUUUUUUUGUACUGGUGUUUUGGACUCUCUGGAAGUUGAAUUAAAAGGGUCAAGGGACUUCUCCAAGCUAUAUGCAGGCAUUGCAAUACUUGGAUAUAUUGCUUCAGUUUCGGAGUCCAUCAACACUCGGGCCUUCUCACAUCUUCUCAGUUUUCUUGGCCAUCGCUACCCUAAGAUACGGAAAGCUUCUGCUGAACAAGUUUACCUUGUCCUCCUGCAAAAUGAGGGUCUUGUGGCCGAGACCAAGGUGGAAAAAGCGCUUGAAAUUAUUUCAGAAACCUGCUGGGAAGGUGACAUGGAAGCAGCUAAAAUCCGAAGGUUGGAGUUGUAUGAUAUAGCCGGUCUCGACACAGAUAUACUUCGGAAGGCUAGUAGCCGAGAAUCGAAUAAGGAUGGUAACAGAAAGCCAACAACUACAGAUGAGAAUGCAUCAUAUUCCUCGUUAGUUGAGUCAUCUGGGUUCUGAAUGUGUAAACUAAUGCCUUGUUGUCUACUGCUGGUUGAACAUGACCAUCCUUCCCUAUUGUUUGCUGUAGUUUCGUUCUUCAAGUGUGCUUUCGAGGUGCUGAGAGCUUUUUUUUUUUUUUUUUUUAGUCUCUUUGGAUUAUGUAGCUUUCUUGACAAUUUUAUUGUAUUUUAUUAUUUUGAGAUAAUAAAGUAAAUAUUCAUAACUCUGCUACGUGCAUA